AUCGUCUCUCAAAAACUUCACCAAAGAACUGACAGCAUUCGAGAAAUUUGGACCACUUAGGCGCACAAAUACCGGCGACUCCAACGCAUCCUCAUCAGGACAGUCGAACAGGUCUAGGAAGUCAACCCUUUCUCGGGUCUUGACGGCUGACCGCUAUGAUCGAGACACUGAAAGAAAUGAAGCACGGCAAGAGCGGCAGUUACGAGAGCCUGGCGCUAGAACGAACGGCGAGCCAAAUUCUGCAUCGCAUGGAGGACAAGGACUCGGAAGAUUCCUUGGAAAGCACCCGGACAAGAGUACUCGCGAACGCGCGCGCGAUAUAUGGACCGAAUCGUUGUCUAGACGUGAUAAGUUUCGCCCCGACUUCCUCACGAAAAAUUGGAGCUUGCAUCGUCGAACACAAUCCUUCGAGUAGAUCGUACGUGCAUUGUUGCUCUGCAAAGGAGAACUCGCGUCUCGCUGCCUUGGAGCACUUGCUUGUAAUCACCGAAGAUCUGCUCCAACGACUUAUGGAUGCCGAGGGCAUCACGAGUAGUGGCUGGUUGCCCGCCACGCCACAGUCACACCAUGCAGCAAUGUUCGGAAGUGCAGCUGGUAGCAUAGCGGGUGGAAAUAGUAGCGUAGCAAGCAGUGUCCAGCCAAGUCGUAGAGGCAGUGCUCAACCACAGGACCUCCUCAUCGACUACACGCAAGGUUCACCGCAGCUGGUGCAGCAGUCGCCACAGUUUCCACCACCCCCGAAUUCGGCACCAUCGCAGACUCCUUUCGUCAAUGACUUCAACACGCCUUAUUCACACCACCACAUCCAAAAGCCCAAGCUUCCUAGAGGCAGUAGUGAUACAGCGUUUCAGACGGCUACUAGCCCACCGAAGGCUUUUGUGCAGACAGUCCCGAGGACCAACAGCGAUAUUAUCCAGCAACCUAAGCCGAUGCCUGUUGGGCAGUUCCAGGGGCCUGGAAGAGGCAGGGUGCAAUGGAAUCUGGGCUCUGAAGGGUAGAAGAAUCGGGUCUCGAGUCAUCGGCUGUUUGAGGUCAGGGAAAUGGUGGACUUUGGGUAUUCCUAAGCUGUAUUUGGAUGCUUGAUCUGGUCAAUCAACCUUAUUGUUACUGCGCCGAUGUCUUCAUCUUGGUUAGGGCUCUAUUAAUGGUGGCUCCCAGUUCCAACUGUGACUCAUAAGCGUAUCUUGUGUGAGACCGGAAUAGAACUAUCAGCUGAUGUCAUGAUGAAUAUGCAAAGCUGCGCAAGUGUGACAGCAGAGAUUAUUUGUACAACGAAUCUUGUUGUGCAUUC